AUGUCAAAGCAAUGGGCUCAAUCUGGUACUGGUGAGUUCAAAAGACAAGUUUCUUCUUUUAGAGAAACUAUUUCUGCUACUCACCCAAUUUACAAACCUGCAAAGGGUAGAUACUGGUUGUAUGUUUCUUUGGCUUGUCCAUGGGCUCAUAGAACCAUUAUUACUAGAGCCUUGAAAGGUUUAACAUCUGUAAUUGGUGUCAGUGUUGUUCAUUGGCAUUUAGAUGAAAAGGGAUGGAGAUUCUUACCAGCUGAUUCCAUCUCUGGUAAAGAUACUACUGAUCAUUUCUCUUUCAGUGGUGGUAUCAAAGGUAGUGAAUUGGAUGUUUCUCAUCCUUCUGGUGAUAUCCCAAGUGAUAGUAAAAGAUUGAAUAUCGAUGCUAAUGUUGAACCAAACUGUGGUUUUAACAGACUACGUGAAUUCUAUUUGAAGAGUAACCCAGAUUACAGUGCUAGAUUUACUGUUCCAGUCUUAUGGGAUUUGGAAACUAAGACUAUUGUUAACAAUGAAAGUGCUGACAUCAUUAGAAUUUUGAACAGUGGUGUCUUUGACGAAUUUGUUGAAGACAAAGAAUACUUAGCAAACAAACGUGAAUUGGUUCCAAAGCAAUUGGAAGCUGAAAUUGAUGAUUUCAACACUUGGGUUUAUGACGGUAUUAACAAUGGUGUUUACAAGGCUGGUUUCUCUGAAAACCAAGCAGUCUAUGAACGUGAGGUCACCAAUGUUUUCAACAACUUGGAUAAGGUUGAAGCCAUCUUGAAAAAGAAACACAGUGAUUUAGAAUCCAAACAUGGUAAAGGUAAUGAAAAAGCUAUUUUAUCAGAAUACUUUACAGUUGGUAAUCAAUUGACAGAAGCUGAUGUUAGAUUUUACACUACUAUUGUAAGAUUUGAUCCAGUCUAUGUUCAACACUUCAAGUGUAACUUCAACACUAUCAGAGAUGGUUACCCAUUCAUUCAUUUGUGGUUAAGAAACUUAUACUGGAAUUAUGAUGCUUUCAAGUUAACUACCAAUUUUGAUCAUAUUAAAUUACAUUACACUCGUUCUCACCCAAGAAUUAACCCAUUAGGUUUAACUCCAUUGGGUCCAAAACCAGAUAUCAUGAAUUUAUAA